GGCAAAACAAUGCUGAGAUAGUAGAAGAAGAAGAACAGAAUCACUGAAUCAGUCAAAUGGAAGUGUUUAGCUUUGAGAAAAGGAUUAAGAAUUACAGCAACUACCAGAAGAUACUGUUAGUGGGAGAAGGAGACUUCUCUUUUGCCGUUUGCUUGGCCAGAGCUUUUGGCUUCGCUGUCAACAUGGUUGCCACUUCUCUCGACUCCAGAGAGUCGUUAAUGGUGAAUUAUUCAAAAGCUAUAAGCAAUGUGAAGGAAUUAGAGUCCAGGGGAUGCAUUGUAUUGCAUGAGGUAGAUGUCCACAGCAUGAGCAGGCACCCUUUCCUGAUUAGUGUACGCUUUGAUCGCAUAAUCUAUAAUUUUCCUCACGCCGGUUACUUGCAUGGCUCCCGUUCCUGUGAACGCAACAUGUUCCAGAUUUGGUUUCAUCAGGAUUUGGUCAGGGGAUUCUUUGAGAAUGCAAGACAAAUGCUGACCAGGGUAGGAGAAAUUCAUGUGACACACAAGACAACAUUUCCUUUUAGUGAAUGGAAAAUAGUGGAGUUAGCUUAUAUGGCUGGAUUAUAUUUGGUUCAUGAAGAACAAUUCUCGAUAUGGGAUUACCCAGGUUAUGAAAAUAAGAGAGGAGCUGGGAUGUGUGAUCAAACUUUUCCUAUUGGAAUGUGUAGCACCUUCAAAUUUGCCGAGAUGUUGUACCGUUCUACCACUUCUGGUUUCCACCUUGGCGCUACUUCUUCGGGUCCAUGGUCUGGAUAUUCUGGAAUUAAGGGUCCUCACAUGCAACUGCCAUUUUACACAUAAAGUGAUAUUGAUUGCUGGUAAGAAGUAGUAUAGAGAGUACGCUUUUCGAUCUAUAGGCAUUGGGAUUCUUCAUGAAACAUGAGUCCCCUUGUUUCUUUCCCUGUAACAUCAGAAGUUUUACUUACCAGCUUAGUUUUGAAAGGAUGGUCUUGUAAUUUGAUCAUUAACUUGGCAGUACCAGGCUUGUUGUAUAUGAUUUUUAGUAGAAAAUCAAAGACCAAGCUUUGUAAGAUGAUAUUUCUUUGGACAAUUGUAGGAUGAUCCUAGUCAAAUACAUUAUAUGGCUGUAUAUAUUCCUAUUCUGAUGAUGAACUGCAGUUUCUAUU